AUGCUUUCAUCCACUCACACCGAAGACGCACUCCACAACAAGAGAAAGCGCAUUCAAGACCAAGCCGACACUGAACAAAACAAUCAUGAAGACUCUACAGCAUCUCUUGCGAAGGAUAUUUCCAUCAUGGACAUGAAUCCGAGCAAUUAUGUUCAUGUUCGGGACAUGAUUGAACGGUACAAAAUUAAAAAGUUGCUGCACUUUAAAAAGCAAUGGGAAGGAAUUGAAGCAAGAAAGAAGGAAAUUGAAUUUUUGGAAAAGUUCUUGUUGGGAAAGGCUUCUGCAUCAUCAUCAUCUGCCUCCUCCUCUUCAUCGGGAACCUUUCCGAAGAAACAAUCAUCCUCUCAAGAAGUAUCAACAACAUUAUCUCAACAACAAGUUCAUGACGGUGAGGGUGGUGCCAAAAAGUCUGAUGAUGAUUAUUUAUUGAGCCCACAAAAGAAUUUGCAAGAUCUUUUAGAACAACAAGGACAAGAUAAUCUCAUCAAGUUCAAUGUCGGAGGAAAGAUUUUCACAACUACUAAAACAACCAUUUCAAAGAGAGAGAACAUGUUGAAAACUAUGAUUCAUUCUGAGUUUGGAAUUGAUAGAGAUUCGAGUGGAGCUAUUAUGUUGGACAGAAAUCCAGACUAUUUUCCAAUUAUUUUGGAACAUUUGAGAACUGGAUCCACAACUCAUUGUGGUCUCUGGGAAGAACGAACUGAAGCAACUCUUCCAAAAUUUAAAGAAUUGUUGGAGGAAUCUGGCUUUUUUGGUACUCAACGACUCAGUAAAGCUGUCAGAAUUAUCAUUGGUGAGAUUGAGCACAAGAUUAAAAGCAAAACUGAACCUCCAAAAUCUACAAUUGUAUCCCACAAAAAGAUAACCGAUGAAACGUUGGAUAGCACCAUGGUGAGUACUGGCCAAGAAAAGGCCGAUCAGGAAUGGAUUGAAAGCUUUAUGAGCUUAACCAUUACUGAGAAGGAAGUUGCAGAUAGUUACUUUACAAGUCUCGAAAAAAAAAUCAAGGAGGAAAAUGAGAUGCUCAAUUCUAAAGAGAGAGAAAUUGCAUCAUUUUCUGCAAGAACUGAUAUUGUUUUUAACGUUCGAGGAGUGAAACACACAGUUCCUCUUCGCAAAAUUGUGUCACAUCCUGAAUGCAUCCUUAAUGAUUUCUUGUCUGCUCUAGAACCUCCAAAAGAAAAUCAGCCUGCUCAAAAUGAAAUAUUUAUCGACAGAGAUCCAGAAAUAUUUGGAGUGAUUCUUAACUAUUUACAAACUGGUCAAGUGAAUAUUUUCAACUUGGAAACACACAAGCAAAAACAAGUGUAUAGGGAAUGCAAAUUGUUGAAUUUGACUGGACUUCUUGAUUAUUGGAACCCAUUAAGAUAUCCUAUAGAAACAAUUGGAGAAGAUAAUAUCAAAAUGAAAGAAGAAGAAGAUUAUAUUAGACAUUUAUUUGCUACCGAUCGCGAGAAUCCAAUUCUUAACGACCCUUACUUGCUACUGAUCAAUAUUUUCGAAAAUGAAAAGACAAGAACAUCCUUUAGAAAAGAAGAUCCACCUGCUCAGGUUCCUCUCAUUUUCAACUUUGAAAACCCUAUGGAAAAAUCAGAGUUAACUCAAAAACAAGCAAUUGUUGUUCCGCCUAUUCCCAAGAUUUGUGCAAAUCGAGGUCAAUUCAUUGCACAAUUCAAUGCUUUCACAUAUGGAAUAUUUAAAGAUAUGGAUUGGUCUAACAUUGUAUGCGCAGGUGGUUCUGUAGUUGCAGCAUUAUUAGAUCAUGACAAAAAGAAAGAAUCCAUCUCUACUGAAGCUGAAGAUUCUUCAAUGGAAGAACAAGCCAGUAACUGGGACGUCGAUGAUACAUGUGAAGAAAAUCCGGAAGAUAAUGAUUUUGAACUCGAGGACGAUGACGAAAACGUAUUUACUGACAGUGACGAUGAAAAGAGCAUACAGACUCAGGUAUUCGCUACUAAUCCAUUUGGAUUGGCAUAUGUAUCUUGGGGCACUCAACAGCCAAUAGAAACAACUGCAGAUAAGGAAUUAGCACAUACAUAUACCUAUUCUGUGUGGUCAAAAAGCGAUGUAGAUUUGUUUAUUUAUGGCCUCUCUGAAAAAGAGGCAGAAGAAAAGAUUAAUUAUUUAUUCACUCUUUUCAAAACCAACCUAAACGGACAUGUCUAUAGAAAAUAUUUCAUGAGCACUGGACAGGGAUAUAAUACGCAGUUACAAGAUGAUAUUUUAGUGGUUCGAACCGAACACUCGGUCACUUUUUAUUUCCAGUAUCCAAUUCGACCAAUUCAAAUCAUUCUUCGAAUCUAUAAGAGCAUUACAGAAGUAUUGUGUGGAUUUGAUUGUGAUAGCGUAACGUUUGGAUUCGAUGGUUCGCAAGUAUUUUGUUUGCCCAGAGGACGAAGAGCCAUUAAUACAAGAUCUAAUUUGGUUGACCCUUCACGCCAAUCCAAAACCUAUGAAAUACGUCUGUUAAAAUAUGCAAAGAGAGGAUUUAGAAUUGCUAUUCCUGGUUACGAUGAAACAAAAAUUAAGAAUGAAAUUUUGUUGGCUGGAAAAACAGCAUACACUCCUAUCCGAAGACGAAGAUAUAGGUAUUAUAUGACCCAAACAACACCACGUGCAGAUGUAAGGGCAAUGACUGGUCUCGCCAGAUUGCUAGUCAUCAAACAAGCAACGAAAUUUUCACGUAAUGUCGAUAAGGCUGUGAAUGGUAAAUAUUUAGAGGAUGAAGAGAUGAAUGUUCAUGACUACAAGCAACUCUCGCUUCCAUACAAUUCAUUGACAACGGCUGCGAUGAAUUACUUGACAACAAAAAGAGUUGUAGAAUUUUUCAAAGAAAAAUUAGACAAGAAGCCACAUUUCGAAUUUGCUCUGAAUGAUGUAACAAGUGUACUGCAUGCUUCUGGUGACAAUAGCACUAUUUCUCCAGAUGUGAAGUGGAUAACUGUUGAGCCAGGUCGGCAAUACAUUGGAAGUUUUCACCCAUCAACGACCAAUUUUUACAAAGACGCAUACACCUCACAAUUAGCUAAAAAGCCAGUAGUUAUUCCCAAAAAGAAAAAAGUGAGGGUUACUUGGCAUUGGCAACACAAGGCAAAUUAUAAUGAGUAUGACAAGUCCACAAGUGCUCUCAUUGAGAAGGCAUACCAGAAAUUUAAGAAGAACAAGUCAGAUCAUACGGUUGUCAUUUCAAACACCCACUUCAUUGACUUUAACCAGAAUAAGCAAAUUGCUCUCGACGAUCGUUCGAGAAUGAGACAUGUCAAACGAACAAAAGUUAAAUUACCUAACCAAUAG